CAAAACACAAACUCAGCAGUAUUUGCCAAAAAAAUGUCGAAAUUCCUGCUUUCUUUUCUUUCCAUCUUCCUGACUUGCUUUCCCUUUUCUGUAAGUUCCGAACUUACCGUCCCAGAAAAGGCAAUCCUAAUGAAAAUCAAGCAGCAAUGGGGUAAUCAACCCUCAAUGCGAAACUGGACUUCCGCCACCUCCCCAUGCCUUUGGCCUGGAAUCAAUUGUACCGGUGGUAAAAGUGUUACCGGAAUCUCCCUGAAUAGCCUAAACAUCGACACAGAAAUCCCGUCAUCCAUUUGUGAUCUUAAAAAUCUUACCUUCCUUGAUCUUGGAAACAAUACAAUCCCAGGUAACUUCCCCACAUUCUUAUACAAUUGUACCAAGCUCCAAACAUUAGUCCUAUCUUCAAACUUCUUUGUAGGGAAAUUACCAAAUGAUGUAAAUAAACUUUCUUCUAAUCUUCAAUACCUUGACCUUAGUCUAAACAACUUCACUGGAGAUAUCCCAACGUCAUUGGCUCAACUCAAAAGGUUGAUCACCUUGCGUUUGGAUUCCAAUUUGUUCAAUGGCACAUUUCCUGCUCAGCUUGGAAACUUGGAAAACCUCGAGGAAUUGGUGUUAGCAAUCAACCCAUUUUCCCCUACCAACUUACCCAGAGAAUUUGGGAUGCUUAAGAGUUUAAGGUUACUUUGGAUAACUCAAUGUAAUUUGAUUGGUGAAAUCCCAAAAGGUUUCGCCAAUUUAAUUAACCUUGAGCAUUUAGACUUGGUGGAAAAUAACUUGGUGGGUGAAAUUCCAAGUGGGUUGUUUUUGCUUCAGAACUUGACAUAUUUAUACUUGCACAAAAAUAGGCUAUCAGGAGGGAUUCCAACAUCGAUCAGGGCCUUGAAUUUAGCAGAAAUCGAUCUUUCAACCAACAAUUUGACAGGAACCAUCCCGGAAGAAAUUGGAAAUCUGCAAAAAUUAGAGAUUUUAUAUUUAUAUGAGAACCAAUUCUAUGGAACAGUACCACCAAGUAUAGGCCUGCUUCCUUCUUUGGAAUGGCUUAAGUUGUUUAAUAACCGGUUUUCGGGUCCACUUCCCCCGGAAAUUGGCCGACACUCGAAUCUCAAGGGCUUCGAGGUAGCAGACAAUGCAUUCACAGGCCAGCUGCAGGAGAAUCUUUGCUUCCACGGGAAGUUGUCAGGUGUUGUGGCAUUCAACAAUUAUCUGAAUGGGACAAUCCCAUCUUCUUUAGGCCAAUGCAAUUCUUUGGUUGUAGUUUUACUCUACAACAACAGUUUUUCAGGUGAAGUUCCGAAAGGCCUAUGGUCUUUGCGGUCUAUUCAUAGCAUAUUACUUAGCAGCAACCAAUUUUCAGGUCAACUUCCUGAGAAAUUGGCUUUGAACCUGAGUCGGGUGGAAAUCAGCAACAACAAAUUUUCCGGAAAAAUCCCAUCAAGUGUAAGCACUUGGAGAAAUUUACAGGUGUUUGCAGCAAGCAACAAUAUCAUCACAGGUACAAUUCCAUCGGAAUUCACAAGCCUUUCACUCCUUAACACUCUCUUGCUUGAUGGAAAUCAACUCACAGGUGAGCUUCCCUCGGAAAUAAUCUCAUGGCAAAGCUUAAACAACUUGAAUCUCUCUCAUAACAAGCUUUCUGGCUUGAUUCCAUCAGUUCUUGGCUCUUUGCCUGUUCUUAAUUAUCUUGAUUUGUCUGAUGAUCAAUUUUCUGGCGAAAUUCCACCCGAGUUAGGCCAAUUAGAGCUCAAUUCUCUCAACCUUUCCUCCAAUAAGCUUACUGGGAGAAUCCCAUAUGGGCUUGAUAACAGUGCAUCCAAUGCUAGUUUCUUGGACACCAACCUAUGCUCUGAUAUUGAAAUUUUAAACCUCCCAAAAUGCUUGAUUCAUCCAAAAAACGUAAAAAAGUUGUCCACCAAAUAUCUAGCUUUGAUUACAGUCCUUACAAUUAUUGCCUUGCUAGCAGCCUUAUACUUCAUGGUGUUCAUAAUCAGUGAAAUCAGGCAAAGAAAGAAUAAGCAAGAACAAGAUACAUGGAAACUGACCUCUUUUCAUAGGGUAGACUUCACCGAACAGAAAAUCCUUAAUAACUUAACCGAGAGCAACGUAACUGGGUUUGGAGGUUCCUGCAAAGUUUACAGGAUACCAGUUAAUAAAUCAGGGGAUGUUGUCGCAGUUAAGAGAUUAUGGAACAACAGGAAAACAAGCAAGAGUUUGGAAAAAGAGUUCAAUGCUGAGAUCCAAAUUCUGGGUACAAUAAGGCAUCUCAAUAUAGUAAAGUUACUUUGUAGUAUUUCAAGUGAAAGCUCGAAAUUGCUUGUAUAUGAGUAUAUGGAGAGACAGAGCUUGGAUAAAUGGAUCCAUGAAAGAAGGCGAGCUAUUUCAUCAAUGAGUGGGUCGGCUCAUCAUGCAAUUCUGGACUGGCCUACUAGAUUGAAAAUUGCUACUGGUGCUGCUCAAGGAUUAAGUUAUAUGCACACUGAUUGUUCACCACCUAUAAUUCACAGGGAUGUGAAAUCCAGUAAUAUUUUGCUGGAUUCUGAAUUCAAUGCCAAGAUUGCUGAUUUUGGGUUAGCAAAGAUUUUGGCCAAGGCAGGAGAUGAUCCUCACACAGUUUCUGCUGUUGCUGGAUCUUUUGGUUACAUGGCCCCAGAAUAUUGCCACACAACCAAGGUGAAUGAAAAGAUUGACAUCUACAGCUUUGGAGUAGUUUUACUCGAGCUAGUAACAGGGAAAGAGCCACACAUUGGAGAUGAACACACAAAUCUUGCAGAAUGGGCAUUGAGGCAUUACAACGAGGGAAAUCCAAUAAAAGAUGUGCUUGAUAAGGAAGUGCAGGAGCCUUGUUAUUUGGAAGAAAUGACCAAUGUGUUCAAGAUAGGGUUGAUGUGCACCAGUGCAUUACCUAUUUAUAGGCCAACAAUGAAGGAGGUUUUGCAAAUGCUUCAACGACGUAGCAUUUUAGAAGGUUCUGGAGGAGCAAAGGCAAAGAAUGACCGCGAUGUUUCCCCUCUUCUAGGGGGUGGAAACUAUAUCUCUAGUUGUAAAAAUAGCAAGAGGGCGGUAAAAGAAGAUGACUAUGGCAUGGUUUGAGUUAGUACCCAUGACAAGUGUUUGUUGUAUUUCUGCAGGAUAAGAUCUAGAUAGCUAAAAAUACUGUGAAAAAAGUAUAUCUUCUUUUUUUUUCUCUCAAGAAGAGAAGUUGAGAAUAGCGCUACGAGUUUGAUUCUACAAUUUCAUGAA